UGGGUUAAAUGGGUUAUCGCUGGUGAUAAAAUAAUACUUGCGUUUAUGUAAAAGGAAAACAGAACUGUGUUCAAUUAUUCUAGUCAAUACAAUUUAUGUUUCAUCAUCAUGAAUAACAAGCUGUUACAAAUCUGUUUCUACGAUGCUGCUAAGAAAUUUCAGAGGUUUUCACUACAAAGCUUGAAGAGCUCAUCAUUGACAGUGCAGGCCAAAACCGGCCUUCAAAAAACUUUUCCAGUCAGAAGUUAUAGUACAGCAGUAGCCAUGGACAAGAAAUUGAUGAACGGGAACCUAUGGGACACGGAUCCAGAGCUGUUCGACAUCAUUGUGAAGGAGAAGAAGCGGCAAGAGGCGGGGCUGGAGAUGAUCGCUUCAGAGAAUUUCACCUCUGUUCCGGUGCUCCAGUGUCUGAGCUCAUGUCUCCACAACAAGUACUCUGAGGGAAUGCCAAACCAAAGAUAUUAUGGAGGCAAUGAAUAUAUUGAUGAAAUUGAAAUUUUAGCUCAACAGCGCUCUCUACAGACUUACAGACUCAAAGCGGAAGAAUGGGGAGUGAAUGUGCAGCCCUACUCAGGCUCCCCAGCCAACUUUGCGGUGUACACGGGUGUGGUGGAGCCCCACGGCCGCAUCAUGGGGCUGGACCUGCCUGACGGUGGACAUCUCACCCAUGGCUUCUUUACCCCUACUAAGAAGAUCUCUGCUACCUCGAUCUUUUUUGAAAGCAUGCCGUACAAAGUGGACUCCAAGACCGGUCUGAUCGACUACGACAAGCUGGCCGAGACCGCUCGGCUGUUCAAGCCCCGCCUCAUCAUCGCCGGCAUCUCGUGCUACUCGCGCUGCCUCGACUACAAGCGCUUCCGGCAGAUCGCUGACGAGAACGGCGCUUAUCUCAUGGCCGAUAUGGCUCAUAUUUCUGGAUUGGUUGCAGCAGGUGUGAUCCCCAGCCCGUUCGAAUACUGUGACAUAGUAACCACGACCACCCACAAGACCCUCCGCGGGCCGCGCGCUGGAGUGAUCUUCUUCCGCAAAGGAGUGCGCUCGGUGAAGGCCAAUGGAGACAAAGUUCUGUAUGACUUGGAGGCCAAGAUCAACCAGGCUGUGUUCCCGGGUCUGCAGGGCGGACCCCACAACCACGCCAUCGCGGCCAUCGCCACGGCCAUGAAGCAGGCUCAAGCUCCUGAGUUUGUGGAGUACCAAAAGCAGGUGAUCAAAAACGCUCAGCGUCUCUGCUCAGGACUGAUGUCUCUCGGCUACGACAUCGCGACGGGCGGCACCGACGUGCACCUCGCGCUGGUGGACAUGCGCGGCGCCGGCCUCAGCGGCGCGCGCGCCGAGCGCAUCCUCGAGCUGUGCAGCGUCGCCUGCAACAAGAACACGGUGCCCGGCGACAGGAGCGCGCUCAACCCUAGCGGCAUCCGACUCGGUACCCCCGCCCUAACAACCAGAGGCUUCAAAGAGGAACACAUGGACCGAGUAGUAGACUACAUUGACAAGGCCCUCAAACUAGCACAAGAGAUCACGAAAAUCUCCGGACCCAAGCUGGCCGACUUCAACAAGGUCAUUGAGGAAAACAAUGACGUCAAAUCCAAAGUUCACAAGCUUAAAGAGGAGAUUGAGAACUACAGUAGAUCUUUCCCCUUACCGGGUUUUGAGACGUACUAAUUAAAAAAAAGCAUUUUGGCACUGGUGGCCACAGUUGGAUUGUUAACCUUAAAAUGAGGUUAUAAGAGGCUGAACAUCAUUAACCCUUUCACUGCGCAUGAAGAGACAUAAUGAUUUUUUCAAAGACCUUUUACUAUAACAAGACCUCGCACUUAUGCGAAAAACCGGGCCGAGUGAGAGAUCACUUAAACUGUGUUUGUCCCUUUCUUUCACAUGAUUACAAACUAUAUAUAUAAAAGUGUAUAGGUUACACUUACCCCUAGCAUGUUGUUAGAAAAGGACACACUCCGUUUGACUAUCCUCUCGCUCGUCCCGUUUGUUUGUAUAUUGCUUUGCUCAACCUUAAUAGUAGCUAAAUAGGGUUCCAAUAUGGUUUGUCAAAAAUCUUCAGUGCACGGUCUUGUUACAGUAAAGGUCUUUGGAUUUUCCUUACAUAUCCGAUUUUAAAUGUCGUACAAUAUAAGUCGCGCGGUAAAAGAGUCAAGCCUAGUAUAAAUGCGACGCCAUUCCAUAAUAGUUCCUUGAUUAUUGUUAUUCGUAGAGUUAUGUACCUAGUACCUACUUGUAUAAUGAAGUUUAAGAUAAGUCCGAUUACUCGUAUUUAAUUUUUGUAUUUCUUAAUACAUAAUCAUAAAAUUAUCUAGUUGUAACAAAAAAGUGCCUUGACGUAAUUUAUACUUUGUAAAAGUAUGUAUAGCUGUUAUGUCUGUAUUACACAGAAUCUCUUAUUUGUUUUCUUGUAUGAAGUUGUCACAUGACAUGAUUUCUUCAAAUAAAAUGUUACUCAA